AUCGAGUUUAUAGUUACAUAAUGACGGCUGGAUAAUUCAAACCAUGCUACAGUUCAGGUAGUGAGCCAUUAUUUUAUUUUUCUCUGAUUUUAUUUUUAGGGCGCAAAAAAAUUUGAGUGUAAAAUAUGGCGACCAUUCAUUUAUUGUUAUUUAUUUCUGCUGUGAUGUUCAUCGACUGUCAGAAUAUUUACCGAAAUCUCAAAAGUCAAAGUCCAUUUCAACCACCCUCUGAUGACGUCAAUCAGUGGAUUACUCUUAAACCAGGUCAGAAGAAAAUCCCGGAUGUCGCACAGUCCAAGAAUCCGGUGACGAUGCCAACUUCUACACCGGCAACAACCACCUUGAGACUGACAACAACAACCAGACCGUCCACGACAGCAGAGAGUAAAAUAAAAAAUGGGAUUGUAAAAGAAGAGACAAAAGAAGGCAGCCCAUUCGGACCGCCCAUAAAAACGGAAUGGCACAAACCAGACCAGUUCCCAGACAACAGCAGGUUCAGACCGUCCCCAUCGCCAUGGCUCUCCUCCUUAGAAGGUACGUAUCAUUACUUCCUGUCACGUUAGGCAGACGACUUUUGACGUCACAUGGAUGGUUGGCAGUGUUGUCUGCUUAAUACUAGUGAAUUUCACUCGUAAUAAAUGACACAAGUAAUUAAAUGAAGUGGUCCUACUACUACUACUGAAUGGUCCUACUACUACUACUGAGUGGUCCUACUAAUACUACUGAGUGGUCCUACUAAUACUACUGAGUGGUCCUACUAAUACUACUGAGUUGUCCCACUACUACUACUGAGUGGUCCUACUAUUACUACUGAGUUGUCCUACUAAUACAACUAAGUACAAUUUCUCAGAAAAAAAUAUUUUCACUUAGAGGUUGUAUCAGUCAGGCCCUAUAGCCUAGGACAUAGAGGUUGUAUCAGUCAGGCCUUAUAGCUAGGACAUAGAGGUUGGAUUAGUCAGGUCCUAUAGCCUACAACAUAGAGUUUGGAUCAGUCAUGUCCUAUAGCCUAGAACAUAGAGGUUGUAUCAGUCAGGCCUUAUAGCCUAGGACAUAGAGGUUGGAUUAGUCAGGUCCUAUAGCCUACGACAUAGAGGUUGGAUUAGCCAGGUCCUAUAGCCUACGACAUAGAGUUUGGAUCAGUCAGGUCUUAUAGACUAGGACAUAGAGAUGGAUCAGUCAGACAUUAUGGCCUAGGACACAGAGGUUGGAUCCGUCAGAAAUUAAGGCCUAGGACACAGAGAUUGGAUCAGCUCGGUCAUUUGGGCGACAACACAUUCCCACUGUGUUACUUCCCAGCCGUAGCUCCAGGAUGUGACACGAUACUCGGAUUUCGGCUAUUGGGUUAGAAACCGUUAAACGACUGUUGAUGUUUUUUCAAAAGAUAAUCACAUUGUUUGUAUCACUAUUUUUUUAAAAUUGUCUUUAUAAAGCAGAGUUGUUGUUUUUUUUAAAUUGAUAUUUUAAUCAUCAAGAAAUACUUUUGAACAUAUUAAAUUUUGUUAAAACAUCAAAAAAGCCUGGGGACCAGUGUUAACUUUUAAAUGAUGGUGAAAAGAGGUCGUUACCAAACAAUGAAACAAGAAAUGAUAUAAAACCUAAAAGACAACAUAUAUAAUAUAUAUUAUCUAAACCUAACACGCCAUAACUACAAAGUACAUAGCAACAACUACAAAAUUAAUCUCCACUCCAAACCACGCAACCAUUGAUACAAAUCAUAUUUUAUUCAUCUUCCACUUGAAAAACAGGAAAAGCUGAUUUUUCUGGGGUUUUGGAAGGGGCUGAACAUUUAAUAGAAAGUGUUGUCAUCAGCAACGAUUCUAUGUUUCUGUUCGAUAGCUUGACGGGAAGUGGGCCAGUAAGCCCUCCGAAGAUUUUGCUACAAACACACGAAGAAAGGAAACGUUAAUAUAAAGGGUUUAAAAAGGAGUUCCUUUAUAGGACCGAUGAAUAACAUGUGUUUAUAAACUUUAUCAAUGUUGACUUCAUUAACCUGCCCCCCCCCCCCCCACUCUAUCAAUGUCUAUCGAACAACUGAUCCACAGCCAGGCAGCUCCACAACGCCGAUUCUAUACCGGCCAUCUCAAACAUCAAUGUCCAGAAACGUUAAAAUAAAGGGUUUAAAAAGGAGUUCCUUUAUAGGACCGAUGAAUAACAUGUGUUUAUAAACUUUAUCAAUGUUGACUUCAUUAACCCGCCCCCCCCCCCCACUCUAUCAAUGUCUAUCGAACAACUGAUCCACAGCCAGGCAGCUCCACAACGCCGAUUCUAUACCGGCCAUCUCAAACAUCAAUGUCCCCAAGCAGGUGACGUCAGAGGAGACAAGUGACACCACAGAUAGUGAGCCAGUUCAUGGGGACAAGAGGCGCCCUAAGCCUAGGGGCAAAAGACCCAAAAUGACGGUGUAUCAGGAUAAUUCUCACAGGUGAGAAAUGUAGUGUUAAUAAUUUAUGAACUAUUACAGUGUACAUGUAAUGUAGGCUAUUUUGUACAUAAGUUUUAGUUUUAAUAUGUAUGUAGGUUAUUUUGUAAUGCAGCGUUCCUAUCAGAGCUAUCACAGCUUUUGGCCUCUUAAAUAUCAUAGGAACCAUGCAGUCCUAGCGGUUCCAUGCAGUCCCAGGGGUUCCAUGCCGUCCCAGGCAGUCCCAGGGGUCCCAUGCAGUCCCAGGGGUUCCAUGCAGUCCCCGGGUUCCAUGCAGUUCCAGGGCCCAAUCGCAGUCUCUGGUUAAAGUGAAUAGACUUUUCUAAUUUAGGCUAUCUAGUAACAUAGUGCUACCAUCUAAUAUGUGAAGUUAUUUACAUGCAAUUAAUAGUCAUUUGUCAAUGAAGCCUGGGUCUCUUAAGUGGGAGUUGCAAGGUGGGUGUUUUAAGUGGAUCGCAAUGGGGUGUCUUAAUUCUAUUUACCGCGGGCUAGUUACUUUUUUCCUGAAUAACAGUUUAAGUCAAAAAAAUAAAUAUAUAUAUAUAUAUAUAUAUAUAUAUAUGGAAUUGAUUUUUAAAGAUAUUUUCAUUUUAAUAUAACCUAUCCACAUUGAUGUCUUCUUGUAGAUUUAAUAAUACUAAUAAGCUCUUUUCUUGUUCAUAUAAUAAGAACAAUACAUACAUGGUAAUUUCGUGUUGAAAUAAUCAUACAAAUAAAAAAAAUAUUAUUGUUGAUUAUAUCCUACAAAUACAGACAUGUUAUAUUCUUCUUGAUAUAAUCACAUAAAUCUGAUUGAAUUUUCUAGCUUAUAUAAUCAUAAAAAUAAAAGGAGCCAUUUUCUAUUUGAUAUAAUCAUACAAAUACAACCAUGCUAAAUUCAUAUUGAUACAAUCAACACAAUUAUCAAUUAUUCCAAAGAGACAUGCAUGACGCCGGACCUGGCGUGACACCGUGGACUAGAUACACCGAGAAACCCAGGCAGCAGGAAGAUGUUGGAGGUGGAUCUGCUGGGAGAAGUAAUGGUAAGAUGGUAGAUUUGCUGGAAAAAGUAAUUGUUAAGAUGGUAGAUUUUCUGGGAAAAUUAAUGGUAUGAUGGUAUAUUAGCUGAGAGGAGUGAUUGUAAGAUAGUAUAUCGGCUGGGUGGGCGAAGUAAGAUAGUAGAACUGUUGGGUGGAGUAAAGGUAAGAUGGUAGUUUUGCUGGAAAGUUAAACUGAAAGAUUAUUUAUUUUAGGAUAGGAUCAGAAAGAACGUGAGCUCGAGGAGAAUAUAAGUCAGAAAAGAAAAAAAAUAGAUGAACUUGGUGAGAAUGAGAUAGAGAGAUAGGUAAGAAGAAGAUAAAGUGAAAGAAGAGAGAGAUUGGUAAGAGGGAGAAAAUGCUAGACCUUGAGUCUAUGCUUGAAUGAAGAUGGAAUAAAAAAUAGGAUGUUAUAAAUUAUAAGCUCUUAUCAAAAGCGCAUAUCAUAAAUCAUAAGCACAUAUCAUUAGCUGAUAUCUGAAGCUGAUAUCAUAAGCUCUUAUCAUAAGCUCAUUUCAUAAGCACAUAUCACAUAAGUAAGAAGGCGAAGUUUAUGGAAAUAUUCAUUAGAACGAUAUUGACCGUUUAACGUGAAUGGUUUCCCUUUAAAAAGCUAUUCCCUUUUUUUUGUGUGAUAAUUAAAAUGCAUCAAUAAAUCACGAGGACAUAAAAAAAAAGUGUAAACAAACAAUUUUUUAAAAUAAUCAAACAUAAUAUUUAUUAAUAUCAAAUGAAAUAUUAAUUUUAAAAAAAUAAAAAUAAAAUCCAUUGGACGGAUUUGAACCCGAUACAUCCGCUGAAACAGGUGCGCGCAUUAACGUAUACACCAUGGCGAUAAUUAUUAUAACACCAUGGCGAUAUUAACAUUAAACUUUCAGAUCUUUGUUUAGGUGUUAUUUGUGACGUCGAAAAUUCUCGAGGUGAAUCAGGUGUUUCUUAGUUUCGUAUUAAUUGUUACUUUGUUUUUAAGAUCUGCAGUAAACUUGGUGCUUUGAGAUUUUUGAGCUGAUUCAUUUUGACGUCAUAGAUGUUUGCAUUCUUAUUGCAUAUAUUAUUCAUUCAAUAUUAUCACCUGACGUUCUUCCUCCACCCCACCCUGUCUCUCACCCCUAGCUCGGUGUGGCUGGCAGAGAUAUGCCCCCAGAACUCAGAUCUGCUGUCAAGGUCAAGUCUUACGUCGCCAGGGCAUUAAGCCGUCGUGCUGCGGCACUGAGGCCUACGACACGGUGUUCAACAAAUGCUGCAAUGGUGUCCUCUCAUUCAGGUCCCCUCAGGACCCGGACUGCUAGUCUCACAAAUCGUACUGUGUCAAGUCACGUGAACACACACACACACUAUGAGAAACAUAAGCAGUAAAACGUGACCACACACAGGUGUCACAUAGUACCACGUGACCCCACGCAUUAGCAGUUCCACAUACCCUCAUAAGCUGCACACAAGAGUCACAUAGAUAGUACCACGUGACCCCACGCAUUAGGAGCUCCACAUAAACUCGUAAACCACACUCAUGCCAUGAUCGAAUAUAAUUUAGACUUCCAUAGUCUUUUCUUUAGUUUAUGUUAAUGAAAUUGACAGCUGUCAUUACUGUCAAACUAUGUCAAUAAAAUAUUUCUGUUUAUUUAUUAUUUCAUCUUGGAUUCAUUCUUUGAUAUUUACAAUCUCAUCACUUAGUAGACAUACCCUAGAAACAUUGACUCAAAUUUUGGACAUACCAGAACAAACAUUUGCCAAAGAACAAUUGAAUAUACUCUUUAAAAUUAUUACUUAACUACCGGAUUUAUACAUACAGGUACAAACAUAGUUAGAUUGGAAACUCUAGAUUCUUUCCCAAUUUAUAUUCAAACGUAUCCGGAAAUUUGAUCGA